UGGAGGCUGCGGUUUCGUGAAGAGGAGGAGCAGGAGCAGGAGGGAGGCGGCGGCACGGUUUCCUCAGCUCAGCCCUUCCAGAGAGAGAGAGGGGGGGGGCCUGGUUCAGGGCCAGUCUCGAGCUGCUGUCUCCGCCACUCCCGAGAGAGCGCGGACGAGUUCUUGCGCUCCGCGCCGAACUCGCUUCCCAAGCGCCGCGGCCGCUCGGUCUCUUUCGCAGGUUUCUGCACUAUAAGUGCCUUAUGUAGUCAUUGUACAGCGACAACUUUGUUGUUCUCAUGAUAUCUCUCACGGCUAGAUAUUGGCUUUAACCUUAUAAAUCAACUAUAGCAGCUGCUUCUUGUAUAUCUGAUUCCAGCGUUUACAAAACGUGAGAAAAAAAAUAUUGAACUAAACAAGAAGACUGCUGAAUCUGUAGCUUUUCCUACCUAAUUAACACCAACAAAGAGGAUACUACAGCCUAAAAUGUAUAAAAGAAUGCCAUUGUAUGAAAACAAAGUUUUUUCCCCAGUAGCAUGAACUUUUACCAGAAAUGCUACUGAGCAUGAUUUUUUUGCAGACAAAAGUGUACAAAUGGCAUAUAUUGGAUGAUAACUACAAUGUUCACUGAUAAUAGCUGCUUUGUACAUCAUCUUUGUAUGCAUUGGAUUUUCCUGAGCUACGCCUGAUUUUAUUGAAAGGAACUUCUUGGCUUUCUGGAGUUUUUAAAACAGAGGCUAGUUCAUUAACAACUCACAAAAUCGAAAGCAGCUUUACAUCAUGGCUUCAAUUGUUGCUCCAGUGAGAGACACAAAAUGGCUGACACUAGAAGUGUGCAGGCAGUUUCAGAGAGGGACUUGUUCACGUUCUGAUGAGGAAUGUAAAUUUGCACAUCCAUCCAAAAGCUGCCAAGUUGAAAGUGGAAGAGUGAUUGCCUGCUUUGAUUCCCUAAAGGGGCGUUGCACGAGGGAGAACUGCAAAUAUCUUCACCCACCAACACAUUUGAAAACUCAGCUAGAAAUUAAUGGUAGAAACAACCUGAUCCAACAGAAAACCGCAGCAGCUAUGCUGGCUCAGCAGAUGCAAUUUAUUUUCCCAGGAGCACCUCUUCAGCCAAUGCCAUCAUUUUCAGUAGGACCAACAAUAGGAUCUAAUCCAGCACUAAACUUUGCACCAUAUUUAACUCCGGUUACUUCUGGGGUUGGAUUGGUUCCUACGGAAAUUGUUCCCACACAAUCUGUAAUUGUUCCUGGAAAUCCUGUCUCUGUCUCUGGAUCAACUACAACACAAAAGCUCCUCAGGACAGAUAAACUAGAGGUUUGCCGGGAAUUCCAGCGAGGAAACUGUGCACGGGGUGAAACCGAUUGUCGCUUUGCACAUCCCGCUGACAGCACAAUGAUUGAUACAAAUGACAACACUGUAACUGUUUGUAUGGAUUACAUAAAAGGGCGUUGCCUGAGGGAAAAAUGCAAAUAUUUUCAUCCUCCUGCUCACUUGCAGGCCAAAAUCAAAGCUGCUCAGCACCAGACAAAUCAAGCGGCAGCAGUAGCCCAGGCAGCUGCAACAGUCAUGACUCAGUCGACUGCCAAAGCAAUGAAGCGACCUCUUGAAGCAACUGUAGACCUGGGCUUUCCACCUGCUGUCCUUCAUCCUUUACCAAAGAGACAAGCACUUGAGAAAAACAAUGGUGCCAGUGCUGUUUUUAAUCCCAGUUUCUUGCACUACCAACAGGCCCUUGCUAGUGCACAGUUGCAGCAACAUGCAUCAUUUAUUCCCACAGGGUCAGUUUUGUGCAUGACACCUGCUACCAGUAUUGAAACAAAACCUGGCUACUUAGAUGCAUCAUCAUUUGCAAUGCCAACCCUACUGCAAAAUGCACUUAUAUCAUGAAGUUCAGUGUGCUUUUGCUUUUUUUAACGUAUAUUUUAUAAUGCGAGCAUUAUUGUGUGACAAACUAUUGAAAAAAGCAAUUUAACUUCAUUAGUAUUUUGAAGUUUCAUAGUGGUAUGCCUACAUUUUCUUUUUCGCUGUGUUGUAAAAAAAGUUUUUAUCAGUAUUUCCCAGAAAUGUUAUCUUAAUAUUUUGAAAAAAUAAUAAUCAUUAAAUAUGUUUCAUUUGAACUACUAUAAAGCUAUUUAACAUUGCAGUUCUGUAAGUGCUUUUUAAGAAGUAAUUAUCUUUUAAUUUAAUUAUAUAUAGCAGUACAGUUUUAAAUUUUGAAACAUUAGAAAAUUUCCCUUUUCUAAUUUAGCCAUUUGUCCAACAAACCUUUUUCAAUUAAAUUUUGAGUAAUCACAUUAUAAGGGUAGUGUUUGAAUUUCCAGCCCUAGUACUUGUGCCUUAAAAUCAAGAUUUUAAUUUGUGUUUCCCAGAUGCCCUCAACUUUUUCAUACGCCACUUUAUACUUAUAUAAGGAAAAAUUAAUCAAAAUUAAUUAUUAUAAUCUUCACUUUCCUUGUUGAGUGUAUAAAAUAAUUUUAGAUAGUAGUUAGGUUACAUCUAAUGUAUUAUAAAAUAAAUUGUGCUUAUAGGGCCAUAAAUGUGAAUGUGUAUUUGAAUGUACACACACACACAUAUACACACAUACACACACAUACACAGAAAUAUACAUAAACAAACACAAAGACUCACACAUAUAAACAAAAGUCAAAAGAGAAUAGAAAAUCAAAUUCAGGUUGUUUUAAUAGCUACAUUUUUCCAUUUCCAAAAUUAGGAAGUUCAUUAUAUUUUUACUUCAGUAUAAUAAUGAAACUUCACUGUUAGGAAAUUACAAUAUAAAAUGAACUAUCUCAAUCUUUAUCAAAUGGUUGCCAUUAUGUUAGAAUAUUAUUCAUGAAUGUAAUAAAAAAUUGAACUCAUAUUUGAAUUUUAAAUAUGAACUAUUUGAAGAUGCUCAUGAAAUAGUGAACUCUGAAUAUUUGUUUACCCAAACAGCCUGGGAAGAAAGAAGAGGUUGGAUACAAUUUCUGCCAUCUUUAUUUAACACUAUUUUCUCAUAGCAAUAGCAAUAGCAGUUAGACUUAUAUACCGCUUCAUAGGGCUUUCAGCCCUCUCUAAGCAG